AUGUACCUGAUCACUGUGUUUGGAAACCUGCUCAUUAUCCUGGCUGUCAGCUCAGACUCCCACCUCCACACCCCCAUGUACUUCUUUCUCUCCAACCUGUCCUUCGUAGACAUCUGUUUCACCUCCACAACCAUCCCAAAGAUGCUGCAGAACAUAAGGACACAGAGCAAAGUACUAACCUAUGAAGACUGCAUCACCCAGAUGUACUUUUUCAUCCUCUUUGCAGUGCUGGACAUGUUUCUCCUGACCGUGAUGGCCUAUGAUCGAUUUGUAGCCAUCUGUCACCCCUUGCACUACACGGUCAUCAUGAGCCCCCAGCUCUGUGGUCUGCUGGUUCUGAUGUCCUGGAUGAUGAUUGUCUCUUUAUUUUAUUGUACAUGUUUAGGAGUGUACUUUAGCUCUGCUGCUACCCACAGCUCACAUUCAAGUGCAAUUGCCUCAGUGAUGUACACAGUGGUCACACCCAUGCUGAACCCCUUCAUCUAUAGUCUGAGGAACAAAGACAUAAAGAGGGCUCUGGAAAGAAUCAUUAGGAAGGGAGGUAUAAAAGUGUUAUCUGUUCUGGGGUUGAAGAACUACCCAUGA